AUGACCAGUCCUGACCACAUGAACAUCCACCAUCUCUCGGCCUGGGACAAUGUCGCUCCUCGCACAUACACCGGUCGGGUGAUUUGCUUUCCCUUUGAUGACCAUGCUCGCAAGAAUCAGUCGGAGAGCGCCCAAACUCUCUUUGACUGUCUGCGGAGCAAUCUCGAUGUCCUGGGUAAAGAGAGGCCUGACUUUGCCGGAAAACUCCAGCUCGGGGCGAACUUGACACCCAAUCACAAGGACGGGAACGUCUAUCUCCUCACGUCCUCCAGCUUUCGCAUCAAUCUGAGGCCCAAGUACCCCAAGGAGCUCGAGUCCAUGUACGGACAAGUAACUGCCCAGGACGGUGCCGACAACGUAAAGGCAAAGGGGAUCAAGUUUGAUAAGAAGUUUAUCAGCUACGACACCUUGAAGCGCUCUGGGUUCCCUGUGAAACCCUUCAUCAAUGAGGACCUGACCACCGACCUGAUGCUCGGCGCAGGAAAGCCCCCCGUCCCGGUUGUGGAGGUCGAGGUUGUCUUUCUCAACGGCGGUUUCUUCUUCAACCUGCUCAUCCACCACUCCUACUUUGACGGCAAGGCGUACCACAAGUUUCUAGAAUGCUUUGCGGCCUGUACUCGUGGAGACAAGCUUCCAAACUAUUCGACCAAUUCCAUGAUCAAGCUUCCCUACGCGCAGGAACAGUCCCUCGCCGAAAAGAAGUUCGAGGACAUCCUCCCCUUGUGUCCCGAGUUCCAGACGUGGCCAAACCACGACCUCAAAGGUCCAACGCAGCCCAUCAUGUCCGAAAUCCUCAACAGCGAGAGACCCAAGUCCUUCCAAAACGACAGCAAGAUCUUUCUCUUCAACUUUUCCAAGCUCAAGACUCUUAGUGUUGAGCUCGCCCAGCUCCUCCCCAGCACCUCCCCGCCAUCCGCCUACGCCACUCUCUGUGCUCUCCUCUGGGCACACACCCUCGUCGCCCGCGAAGUCUUUCUCAACAACUCUUCCGACCCCAGCGAACGCGCCAUCCACACCCACUUCGCCUCCCACCCUCCCUUUUUCUCUACUCCCGUCGACUGGUCCAGCACACGGCUUCUCCAAAAGUAUCCCUCCCUUUCCUCCAUCACCGCCCAGGCCUACUUUGGCAACACCAUCACCUGGGCCAUCACCACUCUUCCCGACACCUCUUUGCUCUACGACAUUGCUUCAGGAAACAAGACCUCCCUCGCCCGCGCCGCUAGCGCAAUCAGUCUCUCCAUCUCCCGCGUCGAUCCCUCCUUUCUUUAUACGCGCGAAGCUCUGCUCGACAAAGUCCCUGAUAUGCGCCUGCUCGGUCUACCGUGGGAUAGCCGCAUGCCGGCCGAGUGGGGGAUGAAUAGCUGGGCGGAUUUCGGUGCCGAUAUCGAGUGGUCGUUGCCGGGUGUUGCGAGGACUCCGGGGGUGGAAAAGGGCUGGACGCUAGCGGACGCGCAGAGGCGGGUGCAGAAGGAGGUGGGAGGGUCGGGAGGGCUGAUAUUGCCGGCUAAGAGAGCAAGGCCAGAAAUUUGGGAGUACUGGGAGUUAUCAUGGAAAAGGAGGUAUCGGACACUGAUGCCAUGGAAUGUGGAGGGAAAGAGUAUCCGUAUGGGAAUGAAAGGCGCAAUGUCGGAAGGCGUUCGUGGGCAGCUAAAGAAGUGCGUUUUGCAAACGCCCAAAUCAUCAGCCAUGACCAGCAACGAGUCCAUCAUCACCACCUCCUCCCUCUCCCUCUGGAACAACAUCGCGCCCCGCGUCUACACCUCCCGCGCCCUCUGCUUUCCCUUCUCCGCCCCCGCCCGUAACCUCCUCGACCCCCUCUCCUACACCUCCACCCUCCUCUGGUUUCUGCGCAUCCACCUCCUUCGCAUCGCCAAAGUGCGACCUGCCUUUGCCGGCAAACUUCAGCUUGGAAUCAACCUUUCGUUAGAAGAAAAGGGGGAUCUCAAGCGAGACCGUGUCUAUAAUGAUUGGCAUGUUUACUUGCGGACUUGCUCAAACUGGGAGAUUCCUUUGGGGGUGGAGUGGCCGGAUGAUGAAGACGUGAGGGGGAUGUAUGCCGGUCUGGAGGUCGAGGGAGUUCACAAGAGGGAAGUAAAGGGUUGGCCGAAGGAGUUUUUGAGUUAUGAUGAACUGAAGAGGGCGGGGUUUCCGGUUAAACCGUUUAUCAAUCCUUUGUUGACGGACUUGUCGACGUUGAAGGAGGGCGGGGAAGCGGUGCCUGUUGUUCAGGUCAGGGUAUUGUUCUUGAAAGGGGGGUUUAUUCUGAAUGUUCUGGGACAUCAUACAAUGUUUGAUGGAGGAGCUUUUACCCAGCUCUUGAACAUCCUGGCUGAGCAUACGACAAGUUUGAGUUUCGAGUGGGAGAAGGUUCCGGACAGUCAUGACUUGCGGUUGACUUUGCCGAGGAUCGAGAAGCCGUAUGAGGAGCUGAUGGCAAAGUGUCCCGAGUACAAAGAGUGGGAAGAUCACGCACCCAACGGCCCUACGCACCCCGUCUGUCCCAGUCUGCGCGACGGCGACGGCGACUCAUUGAUCGGUUCCUCAAAAAUCUUCGUCUUUACCUUUGCCAAAAUCGCCCAGCUCCAAAAGGAAUUGGCGACUCAUGGUGUAGAAGCCAGCAUCUACGAGUGUCUGUCUGGUCUCUUGUGGGCUUUGACGUACUUUUCCCGCGUCACGGCCUCCUCCACCGACCCCUCAUCAUUCGAGCAUUUCCUCCACGACCACUUCGCCGAGGAGCAGCCCGUCUUUUCUACGCCUACCGACUGGAUCGCUCGCGUCGCUGGUUUGACGUCGGCCGAUCCUAAAGUUGUUGCUUUCAAGGAACAGAUGGCCAAGGAUACGAAGGAGUAUCUGGGCAACAAGAUUACCUGGAUCAGCACCCGCCUGCCCUCGGCCUCUCUGCUAAUCGACGCAGCAAAGGACGGAGAUGUCGCUGCUCUGGCAAAGAUUGUAGCAGCCAUCAGCAAAUCCAGUACCGAUAUGGCGGAGAACAUGGAGGAGUAUCUCACCACCCGGACUAGUCUGUUCCAAGCUCUCUCCAUCUCGUCAGAUGGCCAGGACACCCCCGACAUGCGCCGCAUCGGCCUCGCGUUCGACCCCCGCCAGCCGUCCGAAUGGCAGAUGAACAGUUGGAAGAACUUUGGCGCCGACACGGAAUGGCGAUUUCCUCCUCUUCCCUGUUUCUCGUCUCCCUCCGUGAUGACCUCCAUGGUCCCUACGAAUGCCUUUUCUUCUUCAGCCUCUGCCUCUUAUAGCCACCGCGACUACUUCAAUGUGACUAAACCCGAUGCUGUCCGGCGCGUGCAAGCUCGAUAUGGUAUCAGCGGAGGACUGUGGUUGCCGGCGAGGAAGGAGCAGAAGGAGGUGUUGGUGCAGGUUAGUUUGCCGCGAGGAGCAAUGGGGGUUUUUGAGCGAUUGGUUCUGGAUGGGAAGUGGGUGGAGAGGUCUCAAUUGGCGCAUGCAGAUCCUCGUAUCAUUUCUGGUGACACGACAGCUCUGUGGCGUUCGUUGGCUUCCAUUACCCCUGACGAUAACGGACGGGAAACAGAUAAGGACCUCUUCCUUACCAGUCACUCGCUCGCCGCCAUGCUGUCCACCGUCCUCUUCAUCAGCCUCUCGGCAUUGGCCACGGCCACCACAUCUCCCAAACGCGGCUUGAUCUUCACCCCCAACAGCGACUGGCCCAAAGAUGACCUAGUCUGGAUUACGGGUCCCAACAAUCUAACCUGGUACCACAAUUACCAAUCCCUUCCGUCCUCCGAGUCCAAUUAUGCCACCCUUUCCCCGAACCAGAUUGAAUUCGUGCCGACCAUGUGGGGAGGGAACGAAAAUGACACCGACUUCUUGGGAAAUGUGACGGCCCUGAUGGGGGUUGACUUGAGCAAAGACGAAGACAGGACCAAGAGCGCCGGCGGCAAGCGCAACAUCACCCACGUCAUGACUUUCAACAAACCCGACCAGCCCUUUGACGUCGGCGGUAGCGAAAUGGAACCCCGUGUAGCUGCCAAAGCAUGGAUCAAGAACAUCAUACCGCUUCGGCGACUGGGAGUCAAGGUCGGUCUGCCGCUUGUCAAUGAGCUGCACACAAGCCAGAAUAAACGAGACGAGGGGAACAAAUCAUGGCUGGACAUGUUUUUCGCCAACUGCUCCGGGCUUCUGGACAAGGUGGAGGACGCAGAAGAGAAAGCGUGCGGGUUCGACUUUGUGCCUGUUUAUUCUUUUGGGGACUUUGAGAUGUUGAAGGACAGGGUCGGGAUGUUUGAGAAUGCCUUCCCCGGCCUCGACAUCUGGAUCACCGAAUUCGGCAUCCCCUCCGAGACCCUCGAGAACACGCAAAAGUUCUACAACCAAUCCAUCCCCUACCUCGACAGCAAGGAGAGCGUCAAGCGAUAUGCCUGGUUCGGCGCCUUUCGAAGUAUCGUAUCCAACGUCGGUCCCAAUCAAGCCUUUCUCGAUCCAUACGGAGAGUUGACAGAUAUUGGGAGCUGGUAUUUUGGUGGCAACGCAACGGGAAGAGAGGCCCUUCCGAGCGAGGACUACAAGGACGAUAAGUGCACAAAGGAGAAGCCGUGUGGAGGGGAGGAGAAUGGGGAGGGAACAUUGCGGCCGGGCAGGCUGAUUGUUCUUUGGGUCGUCGUCUCCUUUUUGUUGGUGUAA